UACCGUUAGUUCUUUCAUUUUCACGUACUAUUACAAUAUUUGCUGCAAAGUUAAGAGUGCUAGUGAUUUCUACUUUGCAGGGAUGCAUCUUUCAAAUGGUUGUUGCAAGCAUGUGGUUAUCUUCAUCAUCUUAUGGUUCUGCUGCUGUUUGAUACCGGCUGCUGCGCAAGUUAUCAAUGUCACUGACCCUACUGAAGUAUCAGCAUUGAGGAGCAUAUAUGAAAGUUUGAAGGAUCCAAAUGGACAUUUGAGACAUUGGAACGAUGGAGACCCAUGCCUAUCUAGCUGGACAGGAGUUGUGUGCUCUAAUGAAACAAUAGAGGAAAACUUUCUACAUGUUACUGAAUUGGAACUACUGAAAUUGAACUUGUCUGGAGAAUUGGCACCAGAAAUUGGCAACUUAGCUUAUUUGAAAAUAUUGGAUUUCAUGUGGAACAAUAUAAGUGGGACAAUUCCUGUGGAAAUUGGCAAUAUCAAAACUUUGGAACUCUUAUUCCUAAGUGGAAAUGAAUUAACAGGACAAGUGCCAGAUGAACUUGGCUUUCUUCCAAAUCUACGUAUAAUGCAAAUUGAUGAAAACAAAUUAUCAGGACCUAUACCUUCUUCAUUUGCAAAUUUGAACAAAACAAAGCAUUUUCACAUGAACAAUAACUCCCUUAGUGGUCAAAUUCCACCAGAACUUUCCAAAUUACCAAGCCUUAUUCACCUCCUUCUUGACAACAAUAACUUAUCAGGAAUUCUUCCACCUGAGCUAUCCAAGAUGCAAAACUUGUCUAUACUCCAACUUGACAACAAUAACUUUGAAGGAAAUAGCAUUCCAGAUUCUUAUGCCAACAUGUCAAAAUUGGUGAAGUUGACCCUUAGGAAUUGCAACUUGCAAGGACCAAUUCCUGAUUUUAGCAAGAUACCACACCUCCUUUAUAUUGACCUUAGCUUCAAUCAAUUGAGUGAAUCAAUUCCUCCUAAUAAGCUUGGUGAAAAUAUCACAACCAUUAUUUUAUCAAACAACAAUCUUACUGGAACUAUUCCAUCCUAUUUUUCUAUUCUUCCACGUCUUCAGAAAUUGUCACUUGCAAACAAUUUAUUGAGUGGAAGUGUUCCUUCCAACAUUUGGCAGAACAAGAUUUCAAAUGCUGCUGAAAUAUUGCUAUUAGAGUUGCAAAAUAACCAAUUUGUAAACAUAUCAGGCAAUACUAAUCUUCCUCCAAAUGUCACACUCUUGCUUGAUGGGAAUCCACUAUGCUCAGAUAACACACUGAAUCAGUUCUGUAAAGUUGAAGGAGCUAGUAUUGACACAAAUGGCACGUCUCCGACAAACUUCAGUGACCCUUGUCCCACUAAAAAAUGUCCACCUCCUUAUGAAUAUUCUGUUAAUUGUUUCUGUGUGGCUCCAUUGAUUUUCGGUUAUCGACUCAGAAGUCCUGGUUUUUCGUAUUUUCCCCCGUAUUUCAAUACUUUUGAGGAAUACUUGUCUUCUAAUCUAAAGAUACAUCCCAAUCAAAUAAGCUAUACGUUUGAGUGGCAAGUAGGACCUCGAAUCCUAAUGAUCUUGAAGCUUUUUCCGGAAUAUGUUGAUGAAAAUAGUUCUCAUAUUUUCAAUACAAGUGAGGUCCAACGGAUCAGAAACAUGUUCACUGGAUGGACCAUUCCUAACCGUGAUUUGUUCGGGCCUUAUGACCUUAUGGAUCCCGUUCCUUAUAAUAAUGGGACUGACACCUCUUCAAAAUCAGGCAUAAGCACGGGUGCAUUGGUUGGUAUAAUAUUAGGCUCAAUUGCAUGUGUAAUUUCGCUGUCUGCAAUUUUUAUUCUUUUAAUCUUAAGAGUAAGAUUAAGACGUCAUGAUGCAAUUUCCAAACCACGUCAUUCAUCUAGGAUAUCAAUGCAAAUUGAUGGGACAAGGGCUUUUACUUAUGAAGAAUUGUCUUCUGCUACAAGAAAAUUUGACAACAAUGCUCAAAUUGGACAAGGAGGCUAUGGGAAGGUAUAUAAAGGUAUUCUUUCGAACGGGACUGUGGUUGCCAUAAAACGUGCACAACAAGGAUCGUUGCAAGGUGAGAAGGAGUUUCUUACAGAAAUAUCAAUACUAUCAAGGAUACAUCACCGUAACCUUGUAGCUUUGAUUGGAUAUUGUGAUGAAGCAGGUGAACAGAUGCUAGUUUAUGAAUUUAUGUCGAAUGGCACACUAAGGGACCACCUUUCUGUUACAUCAAACAAACCUUUGACCUUUGCUAUGAGAUUGAAGAUAGCAUUAGAGUCAGCUAAAGGUCUCAUGUAUCUACACACAGAAGCCGAUCCUCCAAUAUUUCACCGAGAUGUUAAAUCCAGCAACAUAUUAUUGGACUCUAAGUUCACUGCAAAAGUUGCAGAUUUUGGGCUUUCACGACUUGCACCAGUUCCAGAUAUGGAAGGAAUUGUUCCUGGUCAUGUAUCUACUGUGGUAAAGGGAACACCGGGUUACCUUGAUCCAGAGUACUUCUUAACUCACACAUUAACCGACAAGAGUGAUGUUUUUAGUCUCGGUGUUGUGUUUCUGGAACUUUUGACUGGGAUGCAACCUAUCUCACAUGGAAAAAAUAUUGUUAGAGAGGUUAGUGUUGCAUAUGAAUCGAGCGAGAUAUCAUCAUUUAUUGAUGAACGCAUGGGGUCUUAUCCAUUUGAGCAUGCAGAGAAGUUUUUAAAUUUGGCCCUAAAGUGUUGCGAAGAUGAGCCAGAGCCGCGUCCUAAAAUGGCAGAAGUGGUUAGAGAACUUGAAGAUAUUUGUUCUGUGAUGUCAGAUUCAGAUGCCAUGAGAGAUUCAUCUACAAGCAGUGGUGGCAAAACAGUUAGCUUUGUAAGCAGUACAACUUCUUCAUCCUCAACCAUAAAGACUACUUUUGUAUCAAGAAAUGUAUAAUGCACCUUUUCAGUAGAGUAAUACUAAACAUCAAGCCCAUAUAGAACUACAAAAGUUGAAUACUAUUAGCUUUAGCAAUAAUGAUUGAUUUAGUGUGUGUUUUAUUAUUAUCCUGCAAAUUAAAUGGUGAGAUCAUAUGUAAAUACAUUAGUUUCUUUGAGAGAUUUCCAAAAUAUAUGUUUGGAAGAUUGCAUGUUUAUAAUGGUUGAAUAAAUAUAAAUUUGUACAUUUGAGACAUGA